UAAAUGUUGCUGGAGGCAGAGUUUUAUCAAAUUAAUAUUGAUUCCGAGAAGCGAUUGGCGACAUGACUGUGUGAUGGAAGAUCUAGGGACCUGAUAACGAUGGUCAAAUCCCGUCAUUUUCAACUCUCAUCGCUUUGUAGCGAGAUGUGGAAAUAUCAGGGGACGCUGAAUUCUAUAUGAAGCUAUAUAUCUAGAGCUGUAGAGAGUUACUAUUGACGUCGUGUCGGGCGCCCUCUGUGAUACUCUAUUUGGCCACACAUACUUAUGGCAGGAUCGCGCGACAUAACCUAUCGCUGCAGUUAAAGCUAUCAUUGGUUUCGUUCGUAUGGAUUUUAAUCAAUGGACAUAUUUUUAAGCGAAACAGAUGUGUGAGUCCUCUCGUUGCUGGCGUGGUAAAAUGGCCAGGUGGAGCGGUGGAAUGGCUUGGCCAAACAAUGGACUUGUCUGGACGGUAACACUGAUGCUGCUAUUCUGGUUCCCGGCACCAGUGACAUCUAAUUGUGACUUUCCCUCUUACUUACCCCCGGGGGUGGUAUGGACUGCUACUUAUAGAAACAAGGGCUACCUCACCCUUUACUUCAAACAAAACAUGAUUGAUGCCAUGUACUGCCCAUCCCCAGAUCAAACGUGUAUUCAUUACGAGCGAAGCUGUAUUCAGGAGGUCGAGGCGGGUAAAUACCUAGUGCGCCACCAAACAAAGGGAAGAGACAGCUUCCACAACCACGCCGAGUUCAUGUGUAUGCAGUUCAUUAAGAGGUCAGAUUAUAUAGUUCAGUUUAAAACGUCUGCUAAACAUGCUUAUCAGAAUCCCGAUUUUUGCUCAGAAGAAUACUUAAAUCUUGACCAUUGGCCCAUACUAUCGCCCACCGUGAUGAAAAGCUCCCCCAUCAAAUGUCCCAUAGUUGGUGGCUACAACAUGCGUAUUCUAGGACCGGAAGGGGAUAUAUGUCCUGGCAAGCUCGUGCUUCCCCGCAUGGAAAGCGAAUGUGAGGAUGGGGACGGCAUUCGAUUCAACUUCCGGUAUGAGGAAUGUUUACAUACUAAUCUAAAAAUGCGUAUACAACAAAGCGUUAAAUGUGUUACUUCCUGGGAAUACGGUAAGUACACGUUUGUGAUCCUUCGGCCAGACACGGAUGAUUUUGAAGCAUGGUGUAUGAGAAUCACACGGGACAGUUACGGCGAGGUAACACAGAUACACUUGUUCAUGGAUCCGGUGUGUGAUCCUGGUACCGGAAAUGGUCAUGGACAAAUCACCGAAACAGAUAACUAUUUGUCAAUAACACUUCAAAAAAUCACCAUCCCGUCUGUAUGUGCCAACGAGUUUGAAGGUUGUAAUGACAGGAGGUUUUGUGAUAACGAGGUUGUUGAGUACUGCCAUCUGUCGUGCAACCGAUGCGAACCGGAGACAAAACCUUGUACUUUUCAGGAAAGCGUGCGUGGAUCAUGGCUACUAGAUACAAGGGACGGACCACAGUAUAUGAAUAUAUCUUCAUACAAACUUUUUGUUCCUACAUUUGGGAAAUUUCAUUGCUUAGCUAGAAACGUGUCGGAGAACGAAAGUCGCACUGCGCUGCUACAUGUAUUUGAUAACGGGUGUUUCCCGAGGUUUGCAUGUCUGGAAAUGUACCAGCCGGCCACCUCUGUACGACAGUUCCGACUCAGCAAUCGAGUAAAUUGGCCCUAUUGGCCAAUAGAAGAGGCGGAACGAUUCACAUGUAAAGACAAUAAAUUCAAAACAAUGGUGGAGAUGGGAGAAUCAUCGAGAAAAGUCAAUAUUCCUACUCAGGUGUUACUAGAGACUAAAGUUCACUACAGCACAACCUGUAAACUACCUGACCUCGGUUUUAAAGCCAAUUCACUCUUCUUCCGAGAGGGCGAUAAGUGUAAUGGUUGCUUGAUCUACGACCCGGCGACCAGGCCCGAUAAGAUCGACAUCAAGACAAUCAAUUGCCAGGAAGCUGCCAGUCACAUCCAGUACCUCUGUUUGGCCUCGUUGGACCUCGGCCCUAACACCAGGGGCGUGGUCACGGGCACCAAACCUGACCGCGAAGGACGGAUGACCAAGUUUUACUGCUGGGUGUUCACUUUGGACGGCACCAUGCGUAAAAUUAUAGUUCUGAAAUCAGCCGACUGCAACAUGCUCUCAGUAGAAAAGGUUCUUGAGGGUCUGCUGACGCCUGAAGGGAAGUUUGACGUCUUAGAUUCAGUGCCUGGAACGUGUCCCCCUCUCGGUGUUGAGGAACAGUACAAAAUCCCUCUUAAUCGCCAGACGGACAAGGACGAGACGCUACUAACGUUUCACGAGCGCUCCACGCGUAGGCCUCACUAUAGCAACACUGUACCGCUCAUAACUAAUAUUCAAAGCCAACACGUCGACGUUCCAUCAGCUUCGUCGCGGAGUGCUCACGUCAGCGGGUGUUUAACCGUUAUCGUCAUUUUAUCGUUACUGUCAAGGACAAAUAUCGCCUGAUCGCCCUAAAUCUGGGUGUUCCGCAAGUGCUUACCGGAAGACCGUGUGGUAAUAUGACACAUAAUUUGUGCGUCGACGAGCGCUGACUGGGGAUUUUGGUCGUACCACAAUGUAUUUGUAUUACGUAGUAAGCUAUGGCCUGGUUUUCGAGCGGAUGAUGAAGACCGCGGUAAAUUUACGUGUCGCUGAGGAAGCCAAACUUCCAUUGUACAGCCUUGUAGACUCUAUAAAUAGACCAUGAAUAUAUUUUUUCUUAAACAUUUUGAUAACGUUGUUCGGGAGUUACGCAGGAGCUAGACAAAGCUCUGUGGACAUUGACUGUUAGAAGGGAGGUAACUCUCGCGGAUUGCUGCUGAUUUUUAAAACAAAAUGUCCAAUUUCCACAUUUCAUGACUGUGCUGUUCAUAGUUAGAGAUAUGUGUUAAGAUUCGUUAAGAAUGGCUCAAAGAGUCUCAAAGUACAUGUAUGUAUACUAUUCAUUGAACUAAGAUAUAUUCCAUUUUUUAAAUAUUAAUUCGCAUAAUUCGAAUGCAUUAGAGUACUGCCCCGCACACUGUAUAUAAUAAUACUAUUUGCUCAGUCUAACGAAUGUCCAGAUUACGACCUGUUGCCAAAAACAUUCAACUUGUUGAAAAUAACGAAAGACGCAUUACUUUUUUUCAUUUCACGGAUUUCAUUUUCAGCAUAUUAGUGUAUAUAUAAUAUAUAUAUAUCCUUAUCGUAUGUCCAUACAUAUAGACUUAAUGCCUUUAAUUUCUUUAAUCUUUGUGGUCAGAAUGUGAUUUAGUGAAAUGCUUUGUAGAAAUUAAAUGUCAAAAUGUAUUCCUUCCCAUGCAAUGGUAGUAAAUUUAUGAGAUCCAACAUUUAUAUCUUUUUGACAGAGAUAUUUAACAAUUUUAUCUGUCAACUGUGACCACCAGGUUUAACAGUUAUGCUGUAAUGUCUGCCAGAGUUUUUAUAUUCUCUCUUGGCUGCCAGAACCAACUUGUUACAUGUACCAUAUAUUCAUUACCCAUGGUUUUAACGACAAGCAUAUCGAACGUUCUUGUUCUUAUGACCCUCGGGUCAAACAUUCUUACUGUAGUACAACCAGAUACAGCUGUCAGACACCUAUGACCCUCAGGUCCAACAUACUUACUGUAAUACAGCCAGAUACAGCAGUCAGACACCUAUGACCCUCAGGUCCAACAUACUUACUGUAAUACAACCAGAUACAGCAGUCAGACACCUAUGACCCUCACAUCCAACAAUCUUACUGUAAUACAGCCAGAUAUAGCAGUCAGACACCUAUGAAACUCAGGUCCAACAUACUUACUGUAAUACAGCCAGAUACAGCAGUCAGACACCUAUGACCCUCACAUCCAACAUUCUUACUGUAAUACAGCCAGAUACAGCAGUCAGACACCUAUGAAACUGAGGUCCAACAUACUUACUGUAAUACAGCCAGAUACAGCAGUCAGACACCUAUGACCCUCAGGUCCAACAUACUUACUGUAAUACAACCAGAUACAGCAGUCAGACACCUAUGACCCUCACAUCCAACAUUCUUACUGUAAUACAGCCAGAUACAGCAGUCAGACACCUAUGACCCUCACAUCCAACAUACUUACUGUAAUACAGCCAGAUACAGCAGUCAGACACCUAUGAAACUCAGGUCCAACAUACUUACUGUAAUACAGCCAGAUACAGCAGUCAGACACCUAUGACCCUCACAUCCAACAUUCUUACUGUAAUACAGCCAGAUACAGCAGUCAGACACCUAUGACCCUCACAUCCAACAUUCUUACUGUAAUACAGCCAGAUACAGCAGUCAGACACCUAUGACCCUCACAUCCAACAUUCUUACUGUAAUACAGCCAGAUACAGCAGUCAGACACCUAUGACCCUCACAUCUAACAUUCUUACUGUAAUACAGCCAGAUACAGCAGUCAGACACCUAUGACCCUCACAUCCAACAUUCUUACUGUAAUACAGCCAGAUACAGCAGUCAGACACCUAUGAAACUCAGGUCCAACAUGUUCAGAUUACUGUCAGAUGAAUCAUUCUUGUUCUACGGAUCUUCAGAUCGAAAAUAAUACUUUAAUUAGCCACAGUUGCAACGUUCAUGCUCUAUUGACUUUCAUAUCGGAAAUUCGUACUCUUAUGACCGCCAUAUCUAACAUUCAUACUCUAAUGAGAGCGAUAUAUAUUAUUCUUACUUAAUUGGUCGCCAAAACCAGCAUUCAUGCUGCUAUGACCGACAGAACCAGCAUUCAUGCUGCCAUGACCGACAGAACCAGCAUUCAUGCUGCCAUGAUCGACAGAACCAGCAUUCAUGCUGCCAUGACCGACAGAACCAGCAUUCAUGCUGCUAUGACCGACAGAACCAGCAUUCAUGCUGCCAUGACCGACAGAACCAGCAUUCAUGCUGCCAUGAUCGACAGAACCAGCAUUCAUGCUGCCAUGACCGACAGAACCAGCAUUCAUGCUGCUAUGACAGACAGAACCAGCAUUCAUGCUGCCUUGACCGACAGAUCCAGCAUUCAUGCUGCUAUGACCGACAGAACCAGCAUUCAUGCUGCCUUGACCGACAGAUCCAGCAUUCAUGCUGCUAUGACCGACAGAACCAGCAUUCAUGCUGUCUUGACCGACAGAACCAGCAUUCAUGCUGCUAUGACCGACAGAACCAGCAUUCAUGCUGCCAUGACCGACAGAACCAGCAUUCAUGCUGCCAUGACCGACAGAACCAGCAUUCAUGCUGUCUUGACCGACAGAACCAGCAUUCAUGCUGCUAUGAACGACAGAACCAGCAUUCAUGCUGCUAUGACAGACAGAACCAGCAUGCAUGCUGCCUUGACCGACAGAACCAGCAUUCAUGCUGCCAUGACCGACAGAACCAGCAUUCAUGCUGCUAUGACAGACAGAACCAGCAUUCAUGCUGCCUUGACCGACAGAACCAGCAUUCAUGCUGCCAUGACCGACAGAACCAGCAUUCAUGCUGUCUUGACCGACAGAACCAGCAUUCAUGCUGCUAUGACCGACAGAACCAGCAUUCAUGCUGCCAUGACCGACAGAACCAGCAUUCAUGCUGCUAUGACAGACAGAACCAGCAUUCAUGCUGCCAUGAUCGACAGAACCAGCAUUCAUGCUGCUAUGAACGACAGAACCAGCAUUCAUGCUGCCAUGACCGACAGAACCAGUAUUCAUGCUGCCAUGACCGCCAAAUCCAGCACUUAUACUCUGAUAACAAACAUUAUUCAUAAUGUCAUGAUCAUCGAAUCCAUUGUUCAUACUUCAAUGACCGCCAGAUCCAACAUUCAUUUUCCCAUGAACGCCAAAUCCAACACUUCUACUCUCGUAACCGCCCAGAUCCAUCAUUCAUGCUCUCGUGAACGCCAAAUCAAAAAUUCAUACUCUUUUGACCGUCAGUUCUAACCGUCAUGCUCUAAUAAUUCCCAGGUGGACGCUCACAUAUAUAAUUAUUAGACUUUGAUUUUUUGUGUUUUGUAAAACAAAUCCAUGAUACACAUAUGAGAACACACAGUCUUUAAACAUAGCCUCUAUUUUGGAGAGGAUAAGGGAGAAACCAACGAGGCGAGUUAUUAGCAACCAAGUAUUCUGUUUAUCCCGCACAAUGAAUUGAAAAUUCUCACAAUCAAGAAUUUCAUUCUACAUGGAUCAACUGCUGUCGUUACUCAUACUCAAUGGAUAUAAUUGCUUUCAUAAGUUAUUUUAUCUUAAUCAUCCAUUUAUUUUCGCCUGUGUGUUACAGCUUUAGACUACUGUGGUGCGUGUAAAUGACAAAAGGUAUUGUCUGCUGUAGUUAGUUACACAAUAAUGACCUAUUGUGUCAGGAACUCCUGAAUCAACCCAUUAAACAUAGGCAUGUAUACCUAUAUAAAUUGUUAUUACCAAUGUAGAGCAGAUUUUUUUUAAACUGGAGAUUGUAAUACUAUCCUUAAAUUGGUGUACACGUGUUGAUAUUUUCGUUAUGUGUUUUGAUUUCUUAAAUCAAUUUAUCUUCUCUUAUUUACAUAUUUUCUCUUCGCGUUACGGACGUGUCUGUCCUAUGAAAUGUACGCGACACUAUCUCAAUCCUACGUUCUACUUCUGUAUCAAUCCAAUGGAUCUUUACAACAGAUUUAUUUAUUUAUGAUAAAAACAUUGAGAUAAAUCAUAAACAAAUGUUGAUAUCAAAAUAAAAUCUUCAAAGCAAAAAUUCGACAUGAAAAUAAACAUUCCGUAACAUCUAAAUUCUUGACAAGUUAACUUGACGAAAAUGGUUAGAUCUUAAUGAAUGUGUUGGGUUGGUGUCCGCCCUUGACCUGUCCAUCCUUAGUUCUAGGUGAUGGUAUUUGUGUUGGAUUGGUGUCCGCCCUUGAUCUGUCCAUCCUUAGUUCUAGGUGACGGUACUUGUGUUGGGUUGGUGUCCACCCUGGACAUGUCCAUAUUUAGUUCUAGGUGAUGGUAUUUGUGUUGGGUUGGUGUCCGCCCUGGACAUGUCCAUCCUUAGUUCUAGGUGACGGUACUUGUUUUGGGUUGGUGUCCGCCCUUGGUUAUGUCCAUCCUUAGAUCUAGGUGACGGUAUUUGUAUUUGGUUGGUGUACGCCCUGGACAUGUCCAUCCUUAGUUCUAGGUGAUGGUAUUUGUAUUGGGUUGGUGUACGCCCUGGACAUGUCCAUCCUUAGUUCUAGGUGAUGGUAUUUGUAUUGGGUUGGUGUCCGCCCUGGACAUGUCCAUCCUUAGUUCUAGGUGACGGUACUUGUGUUGAGUUGGUGUCCGCCCUGGAUCUGUCCAUUCUUAGUUCUAGGUGACGGUACUUGUGUUGGGUUGGUGUCCGCCCUGGACAUGUCCAUCCUUAGUUCUAGGUGACGGUACUUGUUUUGGGUUGGUGUCCGCCCUGGACAUGUCCAUCCUUAGUUCUAGGUGACGGUAUUUGUGUUGGGUUGGUGUCCGGCCUGCACAUGUCCAUCCUUAGUUCUAGGUGACGAUAUUUGUGUUGGGUUGGUGUCCGCCCUGGACCUGUCCAUCCUUAGUUCUAGGUGACGAUAUUUGUGUUGGGUUGGUGUCCGCCCUGGACAUGUCCAUCCUUAGUUCUAGGUGACGGUAUUUGUGUUGGGUUGGUGUCCGCCCUGGACAUUGCCAUUUUUAGUUCAAGAUAGCGAAAAUUGUGUUUAGCUGGUGUUCUUAGUUCUAAAUUGGAGUCAACUAGUUAAAUAUAUCUGCCAGCUAUACAUUUGUUCAGACAAAUCUAUUACGAUUUCUUUAAUAACUUGUUUUUGUGUGUUUUUAUUCUCAAUAAACAUGUUGAAGUAUACAAA